GCCCAAUGGUUCCCUGGCGGGUGGGGCCUGUGAAUGGGGCCGGAGCCCUGAGUUCCGCCUUUCUGCCCACGUGGGGAGCUUCGCUGGGUCCUUCCCGGUAGCGCGAUGGGGCCGGCCCCUGCGGGAGAGCAGCUGCGUGGAGCGGCUGGGGAGCCCGAGGUGAUAGAGCUUGCCCUGGACAGCACCGGCAAGAAGAAAACCUCCUCAAGAAAGCGUGCUAAAGCUGAGUGCCCAGCAGAAAGGCUCCUGCAGCCGGUAAAGCUCAGUCGGGCAGAACUGUACAAGGAGCCUACCAAUGAGGAGCUGAAUCGGCUCCGGGAGACCGAGAUCCUCUUCCACUCCAGUUUACUUCGUUUACAGGUAGAGGAGCUACUAAAGGAAGUGAGGCUGUCAGAGAAGAAGAAGGAUCGAAUUGAUGCCUUCCUAAGGGAGGUCCACCAGCGGAUCCAGAGUGUGCCCUCCAUCCCUGAGACAGAGCUCACUGACCAGUCAUGGCUCCCAGCUGGGGUUCGAGUGCCCCUCCACCAAGUGCCCUAUGCUGUGAAGGGCUCCUUCUGCUUCCUGCCUCCAUCCCAGGUCACUGUUGUGGGCAGCUACCUUCUGGGUACUUGCAUCCAACCAGAUAUCAAUGUGGAUGUGGCGCUGACCAUACCCAGGGAAAUCUUACAAGACAAGGAUGGGCUGAACCAGCGCUACUUCCGCAAGCGAGCCCUUUACCUGGCUCACUUAGCUCACCACCUGGCCCAGGACCCUCUCUUUGGCAGUGUUCGCUUCUCUUAUACCAAUGGCUGCUACCUGAAACCCUUGCUGCUGCUGAGGCCACAUGGGAAGGAUGAGCGCCUGGUUACUGUAUGUGUACAUCCAUGUCCUCCCCUGGACUUCUUCCGCCCUUGCCGCUUGCUGCCAACGAAGAACAAUGUGCGCUCUGCCUGGUACCGAGGGCAGAGUCCUCCAGAGGAUACUUGCCUAGAGCUCCCUACUCCCCACUACAACACAUGGAUCCUGCAGGAUACAGCCCUUGAGUCUCAUAUGCAGCUUUUGUCAACUGUGUUGGGGUCUGCCCAGGGGCUGAAAGAUGGUGUGGCCCUUCUGAAGGUUUGGCUGCGGCAGAGGGAACUGGAUAAGGGCCUAGGUGGGUUUAACGGGUUCCUUAUCUCCAUGAUGGUCACCUUCCUCGUGUCCACACGCAAGAUCCAUACCACCAUGAGUGGCUACCAGGUCCUGAGAAGCGUCUUGCAGUUUCUGGCCACUACAGAUCUGACAGUCAACGGAAUCAGUCUAUGUCCCAGCUCAGAUCCCUCCUUGCCGUCUCUGGCUGACUUCCAUCAGGUUUUCCCAGUUGUUUUCCUGGACUCUUCCGGUCGUCUCAACCUCUGUGCUGAUGUCACUGCAUCUACUUACCACCAGGUGCAGCAUGAGGCACAACUAUCUAUGGCGUUGCUGGACAGCAAAGCUGAUGAUGCUUUCCAGCUGCUGUUGAUGACUCCCAAACCCAUGGUCAGGGCUUUUGACCACAUUGUGCAUCUCCGUCCACUAAGUCGCCUGCAGGCAGCAUGUCACCGGCUAAAGCUCUGGCCAGAGCUGCAGGACAAUGGUGGGGACUAUGUCUCAGCAGCUUUGGGCCCACUAACCACCCUCCUGGAACAGGGUCUAGGGUCUCGGGUGCACUUGCUGGCUCACUCUCGGCCCCCAGUCCCAGAGUGGGACAUUAACCAAGAUCCACCGAAGCACAAAGACUCUGGAACCCUGACCCUGGGAUUGCUCCUCCGGCCUGAGGGACUGACCAGUGUCCUGGAACUAGGUCCAGAGGCUGACCAGCCUGAGGCUGCUGACUUCCGCCAGUUUUGGGGAUCCCGCUCAGAACUCAGACGUUUCCAGGAUGGGGCCAUUCGGGAAGCUGUAGUCUGGGAGGCAGGCUCUAUGUCUGAGAAGCGCCUCAUUCCUCACCAGGUGGUCAGUCACCUCUUGGCACUUCACACAGAUAUCCCAGAUACCUGUGUCCAUUAUGUUGGAGGCUUCCUGGAUGCACUUAUCCAAGGCCCCAAAGAGUCCUCCAGCACAGGUGAGGAGGCCCUGGCAGUGGCUGUACGUUGCUAUGAUGACCUCAGUCGCCUGCUAUGGGGGCUGGAGGGUCUCCCGCUCACUGUGUCUGCGGUUCAGGGAGCUCACCCAGUGCUGCGAUACACUGAGGUAUUCCCUCCAGCCCCUGUCAGACCAGCCUACUCCUUCUACAGACACCUUCAGGAGCGGGCCUCACUGUUGCCCCGGCUGGAUAAGCCCUGCCCAGCCUAUGUGGAACCUAUGACCAUUGUUUGUCACCUGGAGGGCAGUGGGCAGUGGCCUCAGGAUGCUGAGGCUGUGCGCCGGGUCCGAGCUGCCUUUCAGCUGCGCCUAGCAGAGGUGUUGACAACACAACAUAAACUGCUGUGCCGUGCCACUGCCACACACACAGAUGUCCUCAAGGAUGGGUUUGUGUUCCGAAUUCGAGUAGCCUACCAGCGGGAACCACAGAUCCUGAAGGAGGUACGGAGCCCCGAGGGGAUGAUUUCCCUGAGGGACACACCUGCCUCCCUCCGCCUUGAAAAAGACACCAGGCUGUUGCCCCUGCUCACCAGUGCCUUGCAUGGACUCCAGCAACAGCACCCAGCCUUCUCUAGUGUGGCUCGCCUGGCCAAACGGUGGGUGCGUGCCCAGCUUCUGGGUGAGGGAUUCACUGACGAAAGCCUGGAUCUGGUGGUUGCUGCCCUCUUCCUGCACCCUGAGCCCUUCACCCCUCCCAGCUCCCCUCAGGCUGGCUUCCUUCGGUUCCUUUAUCUAGUGUCUACCUUUGAUUGGAAGAACAACCCUCUCAUCGUCAAUCUCAACAAUGAGCUGACUGCUGAGGAGCUGGUGGAGAUUCGCAGUGGCUUCCUGGCAGCUAGGACACAGCUCCCAGUCAUGGUCAUCAUCACUCCCCAGGAUUGCAAAAGCUCUGUAUGGACCCAGGAUGGACCCUCAGCCCAGAUCCUUCAGCAGCUUGUGGUCCUGGCAGCUGAGGCCCUCCCUAUUCUAGAGAAACAGUUGAUGGAUCCCCGGGGGCCUGGGGACAUCAGGACAGUGUUCCGACCGUCAUUCGACAUGUAUGAUGUGCUGAUCCGCCUGACUCCGCGCCACAUUCCCAGGCACCGCCAGGCUGUGGAUCUUCCAGCUGCUUCCUUCUGCCGUGGCUUGCUCAGUGAGCCAGGGCCUUCAUCUCUGAUGCCUGUGCUAGGCUAUGAUCCCCCUCAGCUCUAUCUGGCACAGCUCAGGGAGGCCUUUGGGGAUCUGGCUCUUUUCUUUUAUGACCAGCAUGGUGGAGAGGUGAUCGGUGUCCUCUGGAAGCCCACCAGCUUCCAGCCACAGCCCUUCAAGGCCUCCAACAUAAAGGGACGCAUGGUGGUAUCUCAAGGUGGGGAACUUGUGAUGGUACCCAAUGUAGAGGCAAUCCUGGAGGAGUUUACAGUGUUGGGUGAAGGCCUGGUACAGGCUGUAGAGGCCCGAAGUGAGAGGUGGACCGUGUGAACCCAGCUUUGGGGCAAACGAAAGAUGGACAACAGAACUUUGGACCUCCAGAGCAGCAUGCAAAUGGGAUGGCCACCCUCAUUGCAUAUGGACACCUUCUGUUCUCAACACUGAGUCAUCCCCCAGUGAAGACCCUGCCAGAUUUCUCUGAUGCUUCAGCACUGGGGCAGGGCCUAUGGUGUCCUAUGUAGUCCCCUAGGCAUGACCACCUGAAUUCCUGGAGGAGAAGGAGCAAGCUCAGCUCUGAGUGGGUCUGAACUUUUUCUUUCUAUUUUUUCCCCCUCCCAGUUUCAGCUUCUUUCUGAAGCAGUUGGAGAGGGGGAGUGUGCCUGGUGUGGUGGCUGGGGCUCCCACUGGCAUGUUGGGGCCCAGAUCUCAGUGUGCCUUUCACUGUUGCCACUUCAGGCUUUUAGAUAGGACCCCAGAGAAGGUGUGGCCCUUCCUGAGGGUCACAGUGCCAGCACCAAGUAAGGGCUGUAUGAACAGACCCCACUGAAGGGGCUCAAUGCCCUCCUGUGUUAGUGCUACUGCCCCCCAGGGUGGUGACAGUGGAAAAGGACACAGGACAGGAAGGGGCUGGGUGGAUGGAGUCAGAGAGCCUGGCCUGGUAGUCCACUAGUCCAGGAGAGAUGCAGAAAGCCCUGGGUGCUACCACCCAGCCUCUCAGUGUGAGUCCUGCCUGCUCUGUGCCUGUUCUUGUCACUGAUCACUACAGGAGCGCUACACCCCUGUUCUCCAGGAGCUGCCUCUCAGCCUGAUCCACACCCCCUUUCUGGCAGCUGCUCCCUGCGCUUCUCCCCUAAUCCUAGCUGGUUUUUUAGACUCAGCUCAAAUAGUGCCCCUCCUAGUCCCUGCCCUCACCCCCACCCUAAGGUGUUCUUUCCCUCCUGUGAACUGUGAAAGCAAUUACUCCUGUUGAGUUCACUUGGCAGGCAGGCAUACCAGUGUGUACCUCCUAUUGUCCUUAACUCUGAUUUAAAAUUAAAUUGCUUAAUUCCAUCCCUGUA